CGGAAGAGAAAAUUCGUCCGUCUGUGCUGCGGCUGUGCUUGUGUGUGUGCUGUUGUGUUUCUGCUCGUCCAUCUGCCGCGGACGGACAGCUUCGACUGAAGGGGCAAACCCGUCUCUGCUGUGUUUACAUCCGACCCCCGACUUUAAAACAACGCAGGACCGCCAAAGUACCGCGGAGGGGGCAUGGAGUCACACGGCAAAGACGAGGCAAAGGGACCGGUGCUGCACAUCGUGGUGGUUGGAUUUCACCACAAAAAAGGCUGUCAGGUUGAGUUCUCUUACCCACCGCUGAUGCCAGAUGAAGGUCAUGACAGUAACCUGCUGCCGGAGGAGUGGAAGUACCUCCCUUUCCUGGCUCUACCUGAUGGAGCACACAACUAUCAGGAGGAUACUGUGUAUUUUCACCUGCCGCCUCUGAGUGGAGACAUGAAAUGUGUCUAUGGAGUGUCCUGUUAUCGGCAAAUAGAAGCAAAGGCCCUAAAGGUCCGGCAGGCUGACGUCACCAGAGAGACAGUUCAGAAGAGCGUCUGCGUCCUCAGUCGAGUGCCUCUCUAUGGUCUCCUCCAAGCAAAACUCCAGCUCAUCACACAUGCCUACUUUGAGGAGAAAGACUUUUCACAGAUCUCUAUUUUAAAGGAACUCUACGAACACAUGAACGGCUCUCUGAGGGGUUCAGCUCUGGAGGGCUCACAAGUUUACCUCGGGUUAUCACCAAGAGAUUUAAUACUGCAAUUUCAACACAAGGUCCUCAUACUCUUCAAACUUAUUCUGCUGGAGAAAAAGGUCCUGUUCUAUGUGUCUCCUGUGAACAGACUAGUAGGAGCGCUGAUGACAGUUUUGUCGCUGUUUCCAGGUAUGAUUGAACACGGCCUGGUGGACUCGUCUCACUACAGGCCUAAAAGCAGUGUGUCUGAGGACCUGAGCCUGGUGGAAAGUGUCUCCGGAGCAGAAGAGUUUGUUUCCGUGUCUGCCACCGACAUUGACAACUCCACUCUGGAGCUGGAGGCGGGUCAGACCACCAGACGAACCAGCGGGUCUCAGUCCUCCAGGACCGGCACAGAGGGGGACAACAACCACCUCAAACCCCCAUCACGGACCUCCCCGGAGGCCUCAGACAGUGACUGGGAAACUCUGGACCCCAGCGUGUUAGAGGAGAGCCCCAAAGAGGCAGCUGAAAUGAAGGAGGCGGGGUCAGAGCUGUCCGACGCCUUCGACUCCAAACCAGGAACACCUAUCACUGUGCAACCGCAGGCAGCUACUGGUCAGGGCGGCGUCACCCAGGGCCUGGUGUCGGGUCUGGAGGAGGAUCAGUAUGGCCUGCCACUCCCAAUUUUUACAAAGGGUUACCUGUGUCUGCCUUACAUGGCCCUGCAGCAGCAUCACCUCCUUUCAGACGUGACAGUACGUGGCUUUGUCGCCGGGGCAACCAACAUCCUCUUCCACCAGCAGAGACACCUCAGUGAUGCUAUUGUUGAAGUGGAAGAAGCGCGUAUCCAGAUCCAUGACCCUGAGCUAAGGAAGGUCCUGAGUCUGACGACGGCGGACCUGCGAUUUGCAGACUACCUGGUGAAACAUGUGACUGAGAACCGCGAUGAUGUUUUCCUGGAUGGGACGGGGUGGGAGGGCGGAGACGAGUGGAUCAGAGCCCAGUUUACCCUCUACCUCCACUCAUUACUGUCCUCAACAUUACAGCAAGAUAAUGAAAGGCUGCUGGCAGAUUAUGGAGCGCCUUUUAUUGCAGCCUGGAAGAUUACCCACAACUACCGUGUGUGGUACAGUAACAAGCACCCCGCCAUGGCUCAUAUCACACCAGGUCAUCCAUUCCAAGGACAGUACAGUGUCGCCGAUGUGAAACUGCGGCUCUCACACUCGGUGCAGAACAGUGAGCGGGGGAAGAAGAUCGGAAACGCCAUGAUAACCACUAGUCGCAGCAUGGUGCAAACCGGGAAAGCAGUGGGUCAGUCAGUGGGUGGAGCAUUGACCAGCGCCAAGUCGGCCAUGUCCUCCUGGUUCUCCACACUGGCUCAACCCCCAGCGGUUUCUGCUCCGACCAGUCCAGAGCCCGCCACUGAGGUCAAACCAUGACCUCCAUCGCCUCAGUAUCACAACAAGACCUUUCUCUGAUGUUUCCCCUGAUGCAUGAGAAUCUUUGAAGGAAGAGUGUUGAGUGAAGGACAUGAGCAGGAAAACAGAAAAAUCAAUCUUCCGUCAGAGUCAAAUCAAAAGUCUGGACUAAAACAGCCAUAUCCCUGUUUUAGUGACAAGGGGCCUGCUGUUACUCCUAACUGUACAGUCCAUAUCCACUGUGAGGCAGAGACUGCCACUGCUUUUAAUCACAAACAUAAAUUUCAGAAGACAGCAUCAUGUCUGCCUGCUGCAGUUUGUACUGCUGGAAGUUUUCCUGUGAGACACUACAAAAGCUCUUUGGGGUUGCGGUGUUUAGGCUUUGCUGCGUAUUUCUGGAGUUUGUCUUUAAAGCUGACUAUUUUACUGACAGAUAUUAUAUAAUUAAAAGAAUUACGGUGUUGCUGACUUGAAGCAUUGGCAUGUGGCACCUCUGGAGAUUUUAACGGUUUAGAAUUUUAAAUGUUUUCUCUGAUGCCUCUGUAAUAAUAUUGUGGUUGUUGCAGUAACAGUGUCAGUUCAGUGAGAUAAAUGUAUAAAAGUACAUGCCAUAUGACUUUAAUGAUGCUGAAAGUUUGGAGUUAUAUUUUCAUGUCCAUUAUUUUGUUAAAACUCAAGUGGAAAAAACUGUUUGCUAAUCAUUACUUCACAGAUUAUGCAGUGUUAUCUAUGGAACAAUGGAACAAAAAACAGUGACAUGCUAUCAGACAAGCCAAAUACUGAUAUAUCAAUAAAAAUACAAAUUAAACAAAAUAAGUUUUUUGCCUUUACUUCUCAUCAGUUGUUUGAGAAACAGCCAACGCAUUUUAGUUAAGAUGCUACAAGGGUUAGCAAACAGGUUUGUCUGACAUAGCCAAAGAUAUUAAAUAAUGCACAGUUUACAACUAUCAAUCUUAAAAUAUAACCAAAAAUACAUGGACAAACAAAAUAAUAAACAUCAACCCACAUCAACACUAACAGCACCUAUCUACUUCUAGGCAGAUGCUGAUAGUUUUUUUAGCAUUAGCGUACUAGCGCAAUGUUUUAUUUUUUGUUACAAAUAUUAAUGGCAUACAGGAGAAAUAAAACAUCAAUAUAACAUGGUAUAUUUAUUUUCAACAUUACGUAAAAAUAAUAAUAUAAUUGUAAAGUAAAAUGUAACCCACUUGUAUUCAUAUUCAUAUUUGUCCUUGGUGAAACAUGUUGACUUCAUGGAGGUCACUAGCAAGGGGCUAAAUGUUAAGCUAGUUAGCAGCACAACUCUAUUGAUGAAAAUAACAUAUGUUAUUUAACUAGAUGAAUGUGUGUCCAAAAAUGUUUUAGGAGAAAUUGAAGUGCAAGUCUUUCAAUCAACAGAAUGGAAGUUAAUGAGAAAGUAUGUUUUUAAAGGUAGUUUAAUGCUUAAUCAGUUCUAUUUUUGACUUGCCUUAACCUGUCACUUUGUGCGUUUAGUUUGUUUCAUUGUUCCAUUGGUCUUUUCAGUUUACUCGAAUUUUUCUAAAUUACCUAAAUUAUGAAUGAUCAACUUUACUUUUUGAGCCACUUUGUUUUUUGAAUUUUUAUUUCAGCCCUAGAUAUAAUGAAAUUCAUAUCAAACUUAUUUUUCUUUUCAUUGUAACCAUAAAAUACAAACUUCAAUACUGUUACUGAAAUGAUCCCACUGUUAUUACAUUCUCAUGUCCCUGAUAAAUCUCCAUUAUUAUGAAGGAACUUGCUGUUUGACAGCGUUAGUAAUUCUUGCCCAGGCCUUUUUUUGUACUCUGCUGUCAGUACAUAUAUUAUAAAUGGGAGAUCUGUAUUUAGUAGAUUAAAGUUAGAUAACUUAUUUAUUUGUUGUGUAUAAAACUUGUUAUCGCCUAAAUAUCCAUGUUUUGUCAUGAAAACACUGGAACAAAUCCUAUCCAUGGACCACUGUGUUUGCACAAAGCAGCCAUUUAUUCUAUUUAUGUCGAUCUUAAACGUGUACAAUUCCAAUUUCUGGGUGCUUACAGUAACGUUUCCCUUCAUAUUCAGCACCUGGUGGAUUAAGUGGUCCCAUGAGCAUGCUGUGUCCAGUUUUACAUCUAUAAUAAGUGUAACAUUUUGUCUCUAAAAGUGUUCAAAGGUCUUUUUUUCCUCAUGCUUUUACAGUUUUUAUUUGACCAUUCAUCACAUUUAAUUUCUGGAUCAGGUAAAGACAGAAAAUACCAGCUGUUAAUGCUUUCUGUUUGUUUUUUAUCCUCUGAUGAUCUAUUUUCUUUUUGUAUUUAAAAGAUAUGAAUGUAUUGUGAAUUCAAAUUCACAAAAUAUUUUCUUGACAGAUGCUUUUAAUGUAUAUGAGAGGAAAGUGAUACUCUAUUAUAUUGCUGUAUUAAAAAAUUUAAACUGUUCUACAGCCUGAGUUUUAAUGAAA